AUGGAACGAAUCUAUGGCAACGCCUACGUGGCAGUGGCAGCUGCAUCGUCUCACAACUGCGAGGAAGGAUUCAUCCAAAGGACAGAUAGAAUUCUCCUUCCUUUCAGAACCCAUUCUGACGACACUCAUGUCUUUGGUAUAUACUCUCCUCUCUACAAAGCCGACGAGAGAGAAGACCUAGUCUUCAGCCCUUGGCUUGAGAGAGGCUGGACGUUCCAGGAGCGCAUCGCAUCAACUCGCCUGCUCAUGUUCUCGAAACGAAACGUGCAUUUCAAGUGCAAAUCCUUCAGUGAAUCAAUGGGAAGGGAGAAAAAUAAGUAUAACACGGAUUUCCUCAUGCUCAACCGCGUGAUAAUCGAAUCGGGUGGCACGGCAGACAUCUAUAGAGAAUGGGCCGAGACAAUAUCUCAAGUCAACCCUGGGUACCAUCAGUUUACCCGGGAAACAGACUUCCUUCCUUCAAUUGCUGGUAUCGCAGCGCUUUUCAGUAGCAAGUUGAAUGAUGACUACGCAGCUGGUCUUUGGAAGAAUAGCAUGCAUCAAUCACUCUGCUGGGCUUUAUCAAUAUCAGGAAUGCCCAGUUAUCAAGACCUGCUGAAGAGCUUGAAAACUCCUUCUCCAUACAUUGCCCGCUCGUGGAGCUGGGCUAGUCAACGAGAAUGGUUCACUUUCGAUCUAUACCAUUCAAAUCUUUUAGCUGAUUGUCGACCAGAGUUCGAUAGCCUAGACACAGCUAUCACCUUGCGCGGCGAGUCAGUCUUUGGCGAGGUGAGAGAUGGCGCGCUUGAUAUUACCUCCAAGGUGUACGUUGGAUCGCAGCGGAUAACAUACCACAAAGCCUUUCGACAAUUCGAUCCUCCGCAAGAAACUGUUAGAUUUGACGGGCGAUACUUUGCACACAUCAAGCCUGAUUGCUCUGCUGAAGACAUAUUCGAGUCACCCGAAACUCGUACACUCGCAGCGCCCAUUAGUUUCCUGCUGAUAGGGAGUACCAUUCGACGCUGUACAGAUGCAAAUUUCUUUUCAUCAACACAUUCUGACAACUCUGAGACUCUUGGUGGUGAUUCCCAUGCAGGCUUUGACUAUCAGUCGUCCAGCACCUCAUCCCUGAGUGCUGAAAGUGGUGGUGAUUUGGAGACGGAGACCAGAUUCGAAAGAGCGGCUUAUGGCCUGCUGAUCCACCCAGCAGAAAAUUCGAAUGGGUAUUAUCGAGUGGGAACAUUCUUUUCCAAGCCUCAUGUAGCUGGGGGCCUGUCAUUCUUCGAUAAUGUCAUAGUUAGAACAGUAAGGCUGGUAUAA